AUCCUCCCUCUCUCUUCACCCACCCGCACCUCUCUUCCCUCCUCCCUAACCACCACCACCACCACCACUCCAGAAGCUCUCGCCAUCCCCCACUUCCCCCCUCCGAUCUCCGCUCCGAUCCCCCCGCCGCCGCCGCCAUGGAUCAGUCCAUCGUCGGCCAGAUCUUGGAGAAGCAGGUGCUGUCGGUGGCCAAGGCGGUGGAGGACAAGCUCGACGAGCAGAUCGCCGCGCUCGACCGCCUCGACCCGGACGACAUCGAGGCGCUCCGCGAGCGCCGGAUCCUGCAGAUGCGCCGCGCCGCCGAGCGCAGGGCCAAGUGGCGCGCCCUCGGCCACGGCGAGUACGGGGAGGUCCCCGAGAAGGAGUUCUUCGCCGCCGCCAAGGCCAGCGACCGCCUCGUCUGCCACUUCUACCGCGACAACUGGCCCUGCAAGGUUAUGGACAAGCACUUGUCAAUUCUCGCGAAACAGCAUGUAGAAACACGUUUUGUGAAAGUUCAUGCUGAAAAGGCUCCCUUUUUGACAGAGAAACUAAGGAUUGUUGUUCUCCCAACUCUUGCAUUGGUAAAGAACACCAAAGUUGAGGAUUAUGUGGUUGGGUUUGAUGAGCUUGGUGGUAAAGAUGAUUUCAGCACUGAGGAUCUGGAGGAACGUCUAGCGAAAGCUCAAGUGAUCUUCCUUGAUGGAGAAGGGCCUGCACAUGCAUCCAAGCAGGCAACCAAACGAAGCGUUCGGCAAUCAGAUACUGGCAACUCAUCGGACUCUGAAUAGUUUUGUUACUGCUUCUGAACUUAUGCUAAAUGUUUUUAUUGGCUGUUACGGCAAACGGUUAUGUUAUCCCUAUUAGUAAUAGGAAAAGUUAAUUAGUCUAGCAUUGAACAUUUGAACUGGGACUUGGGAGUUAAAAGAGGUAUCUAGAGUGACACAUCACAUGUUGUUACGGCUUUGCUUGGAGUUGUUGUAUAUUAUGAUGUUUAUGAUAGUUUGCCUUGUUUGUUUGAGUGCAAACAAAUUCAUGCUUCCCUGGUAGAUAGAAUAGAUGAAUUUAUCGACGAUUAGCGGAAAGAAUGUCAUUUCUGUUCUGAUAAUAGUGCUUGAUGAUCAGUCUCAAUCUGGGUGUCCAUCUAUCUAAACCAUGUGGCCCAUCCAGAUUGUCUCAUUGCCUGCUGUGUGUCUGUGUACAACAUUACGCUGUAGCCUGCAGCUGCUAUAUAUAUUGUCCAUCAAUAAAUAGAUCCUAUGCUUUUGUGCCC